AUGUCGAAAAAGCCCCAGGAAUUCACUAUCAAGGUCCAAGCCCAGGACCCUGAAAAGAAGGAGAAGCCCGACGACAAGCCCAACUAUGAAGGAUCGUCGAGGUUGCUGCAGGACUCGAAGGAGGGCGAGGAGAACGAGCUGUCUGAGGAGGAUCAGCAACUCAAGGACCAGCUCGAAAUGCUGGUAGAACGUUUGAAAGAAUCCAACAAAGACCUCUACCGAUCUGCUCUCGAAUCGCUGCGAACCCUGAUUCGAACAUCGACCUCUUCAAUGACCUCCGUUCCCAAACCUCUCAAAUUCUUGCGACCUCACUUUCCCAAACUGCAAGAGUUGUACGAGACUUGGGAGCCUUCCCCGAACAAGUCUUUAUUCGCGGAUAUCCUUUCAGUACUCGCCAUGACCUACUCUGAUACCGAACCAAGAGGUACCCUCCGAUACCGUCUCUUGUCCGACGAACUGCGUGCCGCGGAUACGAGCAUUGUCGACCCGUCCUCCUGGGGUCACGAAUACAUUCGACAUCUCUCCGCAGAGCUUGGGGAAGAGUACAACUACCGUGAAGAGGCCAGCGGGAAAGACUACGAGAAGGGCGCGGACCAGCCGAAGGAGGAUCUCCCUGGAACGAUUGAAGACCUUCGCAAGCUCGGAAAGACCUGUGCUACUUUCCUCCUCCGCCACAACGCGGAACCAGACGCCGUCGACUUGAUGCAAGAACUUGAAAUUAUCAAAGAUAUCAUCGAGCUUGUUGAUGAGAAUACCUACAGUCGCGUGUGCCAAAUGGUGCACUUCCUCGUUCCUCCAGACGACAAGUUGUUCCUGAGGGUAGCCCACGACAUCUACGUUCAACACCACAAAUUCCCCGAAGCUCUCGCUCUUUCCCUCCGCCUCAACGACCCAGAACUCAUCCGAGAGGACUUCAAUGCUCCUGGAAAUCCAUUAAUGAAACGUCAACUCGCCUUCCUUAUGGCUCGAUCACAAGUCCCACUCGAAUGGCUACAACCACCAUCAUCGGAGGAUGGCGAAGGCGAGGAUGUGGACUUCCAGGAAGAGCUCCCAGAAGAUCUCCUCGAGUGCCUCAGCAACGCCCGACUCAGCCAUCACUUCCGUGAAUUCGGAAAGGAAGUUGGUGUCGCUGAAGCAAAGAGCCUGGAGGACGUGUACAAGUCGCAUCUGGAGAACACGAGUAAGCUUUCGAUGCUGUCUGCUCUUCCCAACCCAUCUUUAAUCUUCCAUCCGUUAGGACCUGGUACCACUGCCAACAUCGACUCUGCACGAGGAAACUUGGCUGGCACUUUUGUCAACGCAUUCGUCAACGCAGGCUUUGGUAAUGACAAGCUCAUGGUUGAAGCUGAGGAGGGAAGCAGUUGGAUCUACAAGAACAAGGAUCACGGUAUGCUCAGCGCUGCAGCAUCGCUGGGUCUCAGCUUGCUCUGGGAUACCGACAUCGGUUUGAGUCAUGUCGAUAAAUACACCUACUCUUCAGAAGAGAACAUCAAGGCUGGUGCUCUCCUCGCAACGGGUAUCCUCAACACUGGUGUUAGAACCGAAGCCGAUGCUGCUCUUGCUCUUCUUGGUGAAUAUGUCGAGAACAACUCCAUCCCUCUCAAAACCAGCGCCAUCAUCGGUCUUGGUCUUGCCUACGCCGGGUCUCACAGAGAAGACCUCCUCGCCCUCCUACUCCCCCUGGUCGAAGGUUCCAACAGCAUGGAAAUCCUCUCCCUCGCCGCUCUUGCCCUUGGCUUCAUCUUUGUUGGAAGUGGGAAUGGUGAAAUCACGGGUUCGAUUUUGCAGACUUUGAUGGAGAAAGCCGAGGGAGAGGAUAAGAGUUUGGAUGAGAAGUGGACAAAGUUUUUGGCGUUGGGUUUGGGUCUUUUGUACCUUGGAUUGCAGGAUGCUUCGGAUGCGACGGUUGAGACUCUCAAGGCGAUCGAGCACCCUGCUUCACAAACUGCUCGCGUUCUCGUCGAGGCGUGUUCGUGGGCUGGUAGCACCAACGUUCUGAAAGUCCAGUCGAUGUUGGGAUACUGCUAUGAGCAUAUCGAUACCUCAGGGAAGGAUGAGAAGAAGGACGAGAAGGAGGGAGACAAGAAGGAUGGCGAGAAGAAGGAUGAAGAGGAGAAGGACAAGAAGAAGAAGGAUGACAGUUUCCAAGCGUUCGCUGUCAUUGGUAUUUCCCUUAUUGCUAUGGGCGAGGAAAUUGGAUCUGAAAUGAUCCUGCGACAAUUUAACCACCUCAUGCACUAUGGCGAACCUGUCAUCCGACGAUCCGUGCCUCUUGCUAUUGGUCUCGUCAGCGCUUCCAACCCCCAACUCCCCAUCCUCGAUACCCUCUCCAAAUACAGCCACGACAACGACCUCGGUGUCGCCCUCAACGCCAUCUUCGCCAUGGGCCUCGUCGGCUCGGGAACCAACAACGCACGUCUCGCGCAGAUGCUCCGUCAACUGGCUGGGUACUACCAGAAGGAGCCUGAUUGUCUCUUCAUGGUCCGUAUCGCACAAGGUUUGGUGCAUAUGGGCAAGGGCACGAUUGGGUUGAAUCCUUUCUACUCCGACCGGAGUAUCAUGAGUCGCCCCGCUGUGGCUGGCUUGUUGGCUACGCUAACUGCGUUUACGGAUGCUAAAGGAUUCGUCCUCGACAAGUAUCACUGGAUGCUCUACUUCCUCACACCGGCAAUGUACCCUCGCUUCCUCAUCACGCUCGACGAAGAGCUCAACGCGCUCCCGACGACCGUCCGAGUGGGUCAAGCUGUGGAUGUUGUCGGCCAAGCUGGCAAGCCUCGCACGAUAUCUGGGUUCCAGACGCAUACUACACCUGUGCGGAUGGGUAUUACGGAGAGAGCAGAGUUGGCUACUGAGGAGUAUAUUCCGUUUGCGCAUGUUUUGGAGGGCUUUGUGAUUUUGCAGAAGAAUCCUGGGUAUGAUAAGGAUGAUAGGAUGGAUAUUUGA